AUGGACGCGGUCACGUUGCUGAGAGCAAUCUAUUUGGCAGCUGCGGCAGCGGUAUUUGUUGUCUUUGCUCUGCCUCCACUACGCUCACGAUUCCUGGACUACGGUGCGCGUAGCUCAGGCCAGGAGAAGGGCAAAGAAGACGCGAACCAGCACGACGUCCUCUCUACAGUCCUCGACUACGCUGCCACUAUCACUGUACCGCACAGCUGGUUCGCAUCCUUCUACGCUGUCUCUGUAGCUUGCUCGCUGUAUUGGCUGUCCGAGCUGCCCUUUGGCCGACCAGCCUUUCGAACGAUAGCCAGUUGGGCGUCGCUACAACAACCGUCAAUGACAACCAGUCAGGUGCAAGUGAUAUGGCUCAUGAUGUUCCUCCAGGGCAGCAGGCGACUAUACGAGUCGAUAGCAUUGGCCAAGCCUUCACAAUCGAGCAUGUGGGUCGGCCAUUGGGCAUUAGGCAUUCUCUUCUACAUCUGCACCAGUAUUGCAGUAUGGAUUGAAGGCAUCCCCGCCAUUCAAAAUCCUGACUUCAGUUUGAAGAACCUUGUGUUCGCCGGCCCAAGUCUUCGCACUUUCCUUGGAACGAUGGUCUUCAUUCUCGCAUCUGGUCUUCAGCACGACUGCCAUAGCUACCUGGCAGCUCUGAAGGCAUCCAAGAAAGGCGAGCAAGCCGCGUCUGGGUCACAAUACCGUUUACCAGAUCAUCCAGCAUGGAACCUGUCUCUCACGCCCCAUUACUUCGCUGAAUGCUUGAUAUACCUGUCGCUGGCUAUCAUAGCAGCGCCUCGAGGCUCUUUACUAAAUUGGACCUUUGUCAGCGCAUUGACAUUUGUGGCCAUCAAUCUGGGCGUUACCGCGCAUGGAACCAAAAGCUGGUAUAGGCAAAAGUUCGGGGACCAGGCAGUUUAUCGUAGGGCCAGGAUGAUUCCCUUCAUUUACUGA